AUGGAGUUGAUGUGUCAUUCUUCAACUUUUCUUCUUCCGCCGGAAAAUCCAAACACAGCUUCAUCUUCUUCUUCUUCUGUUUCUCUAACGUACGCUCUUGUUGUUCUCAACCAAAAUCUUCCCAAAUUUACUCCUCUGCUUUGGGACCACGCACAUAUACGAGUUUGCGCUGAUGGAGGUGCCAACCGAGUGUUUGAUGAAAUGCCUCUUUUGUUUCCUCAACUAAAUCCUUCACAUGUUCGCUCAAGGUACAAGCCUGAUGCAAUCAAAGGAGACAUGGAUUCAAUCAGGACAGAAGUGCUUGAUUUCUAUGCAAACCUGGGAACAAAGAUAAUUGAUGAGUCUCAAGAUCAGGACACCACAGAUUUACACAAAUGUGUUGCAUACAUACGUGACCUUGUACCAAAUACUGAUAAAUCAGAACUAUGUAUUCUCGCUACUGGAGCACUUGGCGGGAGAUUUGAUCACGAGAUGGGAAAUAUUAAUGUGCUCUGUCGAUUCUCCAACACACGUAUUAUCCUUCUAUCUGAUGAUUGCCUCAUUCAUCUUCUUCCAAAGAACCACUCACAUAAGAUCUUUAUUCAAUCUUCUAUUGAGGGUCCACAUUGUGGACUCGUUCCCAUCGGGACGCCAUCAGGAAGUUCUACAACCACCGGACUCAAGUGGGACCUCAAUAACACGGAGAUGAGAUUUGGUGGUUUAGUAAGCACAUCAAAUAUUGUAAAAGAGGAUAUAGUAACAGUACAGUCUGAUUCAGAUCUUCUUUGGACUAUUUCCAUUAAGAAGCUCUAG